AUGUGUAAAUCUACAACUUAUAUAUUGUGUUCUGUUGUAUUUUGUAUAGGUUUGGCGUCUGCCAACUUGUUUUUUCAGAAAAACGGCCCACCCGUACUUGAUAAUACCAGCAAUAAUGUAGUUAAGCCGCAGAUUCAACAGGUUGUUCCAGAAAAUAACGGGACUCAAAGCACUAUUUCAAAUUAUUCACCUAACGUUAACACACCAAAUAAUUAUGAUGCAAAUUUUAAUAAAAAUGACACUUCAAACAACGUUUAUGAUAAUUUAAACAACACCGUAGAUCAACCUGCUCAGAAUAAUAACAAUGAAUCCGUAAAUCAGACUCAGGAUUCUUCGGAUAACACUGAGGAUGAAAGUUCCGAAGAGAACGAUAACGAAUUGAUGUACUAUCUUACACAAUAUCGCAAUAGAGCUAGGAGGACGAUUGAAGGCCAUUUGUGCGCAGCGGCGUUUGUUCAGAGGGACCAAAUAUACACUGACUGUACAGUAGAAGUGGCUCCGGACGGCACGGAAGGUAGUAAAGAAUGGUGUUACCUGGAGGCACAAUUGACUGGAAAGUUGGAAAAGGAUUGGGGGUUUUGCGAAACCCCUUUGAACUAUGAGGAGAUCAGAAGCGCUACUUUGAACCACAUUCAACAAAAGGUUUCGCAAGUAGACGAGUUGCUAAAGUCGCUUAACACAUACAGGAAGUUGAUUAAGGAAUCGGAGAGAAGACUAUCGACAGUGUGUGGAAUGGGCCAUAGAUUUAUAAGCGACUCUUUAUCAAAAAUUGAAACAGUACUAGAAGAAUCAGAAAAGAGAAUAGAUGACGUUAAUAAACUUAAAAAUGAAAUUGAGAGAAUAAAAAAUGAGAUUAAAAAAAUACAGUGUGUACACAAUGAAGUUAGGAAAUCGCAAUCAACUAAGUACUAUCCUGACAACGAUAUAUACAAUGUUUCGGAUGGGUUAGUUGGGACGUAUUACUCGAAUAACGUUUUCGAGUUCCCAGCAGUGGCGAACAGAGUUGACCCUCAGAUUAACUUCUCGUUUGUGAAUAAGAUGCCGAUCCUCGGUCUGAGUCCAUACAAGUUUUCAAUACGUUGGGAGGGAUACUUAAAGGUGCCUCACUCGGGGAACUUUGUAUUUGAACUAAGUACGGAUGCACAUGGGAGGGUAGAAUUGAACGGUACUGAGAUUAUAAACACGGGCAUCAUGUUCGAAGGAGACGAUGAAAUAGGAUACAGAUUCUGGGUUGACCCUUUAAUGGCCAAAAAGGAAGUAUCGCAAGCACAGCAGCUAAUAGGUGGCAAGUUUUACAAAAUAAAAGUGGAGAUGUCACACUCUCAGCAGUAUAAGUACGACAAGGGAUCAGAAUCGUAUUUCAAGUUGUUAUGGUCAUCAAGAAGGAUUGACAAGCAAGUUAUACCGUCCACUAAUUUUUAUUCGAAGUUUAAAAAAACACACACGUCAAUAAGCAGAUUACCCGCAUCAAAUUUUGAGAUCGUGAAUUCGUUUAACGGAGAAAGCGCAUUCAGAGGGUCUAACAGCGUGUUUGUGGCAAACUUGAGCAACGGAUUAAUCGGAUCGCAACUGAUAAGAAGCGAUGAAAAGUACAACAUGGGCUCGUUUAAGAUGAACGUUAAUCAGGAUUCGAUGCUAUAUGUGGGAUAUAAGAAGGGCCAGCCCUUCCCAUUGAACCCUAAGGAUGAGCAGCAGUGGAUAGAGGAGGAGACCCUCGAAAGUUUCGACAUGUACUCUGCUGAAGCACUGUCGGAGAAUAAGGUUCUGAGCGCACUGAAUAAAAUAUUUAAAAACGACAAAGAAAGCGUGUUGAUAGAGACUGAGUUAAAGCAGAUACCCUUAGUGAGAGGAGUGACCUAUAAAUUUGUUACAACGAACCCAGACGUUAGCUUUGUGCUGUUUCUGUCAGACAACAUUAACUCGAAACAGAACCAAUGCAUUGGAUCUGAAGUGCUGGUGAGUUUACCAGGAGGGAGCCAUUUUAUGUCAUGUUCUGAGUCAUCAGCACAUUCGAGGGAAUAUGACUGUAACGCAGCUCUCAGUGGAAAGUAUAUGGACAAGAAAAAGUCAGUAUGGAGAACAAGUGGAGGAACGGGAGAGAGUAUUAGCAUAAUAUUUAGAGAACCAGUAUUGGUGACAGAGUUUAAGUUCAGGCCAAGAGAUUCAUCCUAUACGUGGCCGUCAAAGAUAACACUCUCAUAUAAGGAAGGGGGAAGUGAAACAUUUAAUAUUUUCCACUCAAAUGACCUGGAACACCAUUCAUACAGGGUUUCAGUGCCAAAAAUAACUACAUCGGUCAAGGUGACCAUAGAUGAAAUGUACGUCAGUGGGCCCGAGACUGGUGGGUCAUUUGGAAUAUUGGGAAUACCCUGUAAGUUCUCGGAGAAUCUUAGGUUCGUGGAGAUUAUGAAGUGCUCAGAGAGCCUGGUGGAUCUGCAGAACAUAUACACCUUCAAGAACAACGAUAAGUUCCUGGCAGAGUGCCAGCAGGAAUGCCUGGUGAAAAGUAGAGUGUAUGUGAGGGACUUCAACGCAUCCGAAGACCAAAGAUUCAACGAAACUGAUCCCAUCUGCGGGUGUGCAGUGUCAAAUGACUACUGUCAUGAAGACUCGGGAAGUUGUGUAGUAGAAGUGCAGGUAGUGGUGAACAACGGGACAGGGUACCUGCUUCGAAAAUCACACCAUAAGCAGAAGAAGAGGAUGAAGAAGGUGCAGAUUCUGUUCAGAAAACAGCCAGACAAGACACCGACGCAGGGCUACUUGAUAGAUAACGGACAAGUAAAAUCGGACUUGGAUAACUUGUCAUACGGGUGGUUUAGAGAAGCACAUGGGCAGUUCUGUAGUUCAAACGACAACCCGCUUUACGGAGGAGGAAUACAGUUCCCGCCACCAACGGAAAGCCUAGAUUGUGUUCAGAAGGAGAAAUGUUCUGGGAACUACUGGUCAAUAGAGCUGCCUGAAAAUGGAGAUUACAAGCUUGAAGUAAUUUUGGGAUCAGUUUGCAAGCUGAAUCACGAUUUUGAGGCAUAUUUGGAGGUAAAUGGGAUGCCCUUGGUGAAUGGAGAAGUGUUCAAGAGGGACCAGUUCUACACAUUGGUCAAAAACGUGACAGUUAAAAAUAAAAGGAUUAAGCUCACCUCGACUUGCAAAAAUGACCAGUGCCCAGAAAACGGAACUAUAAUACAAAUGGUAUCAGUAGAACAGCUGGUAUGA